UCAUUCAUCAAUCAGUCAUUUCAUCGUUUAUCUCUGAUACGUAAUUUUUGACGAGGUCUUUGUUGCUACUAAUUUUAUGUUAUUGAAAUUGCAACUAAAAUGGUUGAUCCGAUAUUUGAUUACCAGUUCAGGCUGAUUUUAAUCGGGGAUAGUACGGUUGGAAAGAGCUCAUUGCUUAAAUAUUUCACAGAUGGCAAAUUCGCAGAGCUGUCGGACCCUACGGUGGGGGUGGAUUUCUUCGCAAGGAUAAUAGAAGUUCAGGACGGGACGAGGAUAAAGUUGCAGUUAUGGGAUACUGCAGGACAGGAGCGGUUCAGAUCCAUAACAAAAUCGUACUACAGGAACUCGGUUGGGGCUCUUUUAGUGUACGAUGUGUGUAACAGGUCCAGUUUUGAGCAUAUACCUCUGUGGAUGAUGGAAGCCAAGAGACACAUAGAGCCCCAUAGGCCGGUGUUCGCGCUGGUGGGAUGCAAAGUGGACCUAGUAGGUACUGACAACAAGAACGGAGCCCGGCGGGAAGUGUCGUGCGAGGAAGCCAGAAUGUUUGCAGAGGAAAAUGGUCUUCACCAUGUAGAAACCUCUGCAAAAACCGGUCAGAAUGUAGAAGAAGCAUUUGUCUUAGUUGCUCAAGAAGUGUACAACCGUAUACAAACAGGAGAAUACAAGGUAGAAGACGGCUGGGACGGCAUCAAAACUGGCUUCAACCGCCCCAAUGGUAUGGAUUUCAACCUCCUUGAAGCAGAAACUGUGCAAUCUACAUGUUGUUAAAAAAAACUAUAAAAAAAUUUAGGUGUACAUAUUGACUCAUACCGUAGUAUAGUUUACAUAACAAGUUUAAGCAUAAUUUUGUAACGAAUAUGUAGAUAAUUUUGGGAAUGGAACGGCAAAAAGUUAUUUAUAAAUGUUGCCACAAAAAAAAAAAACACUUUCACAAUUUGGCCAUAAUUUUUAAGAAAAGUAUAAUGCAUAGUACGUAUAAUUAAUUAAUAUUUAGAGUGAUAUCCUUUGAAGUGGUAAAAAUGGAAUAAUUGUAGGAGGGAAUAUUCAUAAAAUUUUGUUUUAGUGGAAUGAGGAAUGCUUUAAUUUGUUUUUGAUCAAAUUUCUGUUCGUCUUUUUGUAUAUAAAAAAAUAGUUGUAUCUGUCAACUCACUCAAAAACUAAGUCAAUAUUUAAAUUUCAAUUACUACAUUAUCCAAUUUUCCAUAGUUUUAGAAAGAACCAAAGAAUUAUUUUUCAAAAAAAUGACCUGAAAAUAGAAAUUUGUUUUUAUUUUUGUUGAAAGUUAAAUCUACUAACAAUUACUAACAAAAUAAAGUUGAUAAGUUAAAAAAAUAUUGUACCUGCAACACAAUUUGUUUAAUGUUAAUUUAGUAAUGCAUAAUUUAAUAUUAAUUAAGAUAAUAAUAUUUUAUACCAAAACUGGUAAAUUCUCAUCUUUGUAAAACAUUUUCUGUAUAUUUAUAAAAAAAAUAUUUUCAUUUUUAUAAUUUAUUACUCUUUUAUAUUUUACAUAAAUUUAUUAACAGCCCUAAAAAUGUUACAAGGUAAAAAGUAAAACUUAACCCCCCGCUUGACAUUGGGUAAAAAAUGUUCUGGGUAAAAAAAAACUGAAUACUUUCCCGUAUACAUCUGUAGUAUGUUAACAGUAAGCAGACGUGUAUUUAUAGACUACAAUGAAUUAGAAACCAUCUUUAAAAGUAUAAUACUGUAUGCAUAAGUAACUCAACUGAAUUAAUUUGAUGAAUAGCUGCGGUGUUAGGGUGCUGUCACACGCACUCGAUACACUACGUAAAUAAAAUCGGUAUCAUUAUGCUUAAAACCAAUAGGACCUAACUGCAAUUGAUUGUAUUAAAGUCCGUCCAACACAUUAGGGCGAGAAUUUAAAUUCAAGUGAGUUUUUAUCAGUUUUGUUAAUAGCGAUAAUUAAUGCCUCAGAUCUUAAGGCUUUGGCACACCUAAAGCGAGUCAGAAGCAGCGCAGUUUGCGCACAUGUUUUAAUUGGCGUAGUUUGUGCGCCUGCGUGAGUUAUGGAUUUACACGAAUUAGUGCGUAAAUAUAAACGUUUAUAUGGGAGAACAAAUACGACAACGGCCGCGGUUGUAACGUCCCCGUUGCUUGUGACCUGGAGGGGUUGAAACGCCACAUUUAAUUCAUCUGAAAAGCAAAACUGCUAUUUGAGAUUAGUUGACAUCGCGCACUUUUAUACGCGCAAAUAUCGAAUUGCCAUAUUGCUUUUUUGAUAAAUUUAAUGUGACCUUUUUAACCCCAAGCUCUGCUUCUAAACUACUUUCGGUGUGCCGAAACCUUUAAAAAACUUAUGGCCUUGUGUCUAGUGUCAUAUUACAUAAUGUAAUGCAAGCACUCAAGUUAUUGCGAUAAAAGAGACCGUGAUCGUGCGCAUGCGAUGAAAUAAUAUUGUCUAAAUGUGUUACUGAGUCAUUUUAUCUAGCGUCGUAGUUAUUCUCGCUAAAAUAACUUUGUAAAAUCAAGUCUAAUACCUACUGGGGUGGGCAGUACCUAACAUUACAUGAGCUCACGACUACAUUCCUAAUGGGGUAGUCAGAGGUACAUCCAUCUCAAGAACUAUGUACACACCGAGGUUUCUGUUAGACCAUCUUGAUAGGUGGUGAGCCCUAUCGCCGUCCACAAUGACAGACGAUGAUGAUGGACAACGACAAAAAGUAUAAAUAUACAUGCAUGCAUAAACUCACGCCUAUUUCCAACCGGGGUAAGCUGAGAUUAUGGAAUACCAUUUGCAAAAAGAAAGUAACUUGGAAUUUGUUUUUGUUUUUUUAUUAUGGUGGGGAAUUAGCUACCUUAUUGUGUAUAUCUAUAAUAAUAUGUAGGUAUGGUCGUAGACGCUCUUUAAAAAUUACUCUAUGUGAGAAUAAUCACGACAAAAGAUAAAAUGACCUAAAGGCUUGGACAGACUGCGAGCUACCUAUUGGGUGACUCAGGUCACCAAAAACCUUAAAGAUCGUGCGUAUUCGGACACCACAGUAGGACCCCGCCGGCGUGGUCGAAGAUUUUUCUUAUAAAGCGCUUAUCGUUACCGGCCCACCAGAGACGACGCCGCCGGCCGAGGUCCUCGCCUAACUGGACACCCUCAGGCCUGUUGUUGUAAAUUUUGUACCGGGUGAGAGUCCUCAGCGCUCCCCUCAAGUAGUUAAUGCCAUACUUAUGCGAGAAAUCUACAAUGUCACGUCCAAAAAAGGAGAAUUUAAGCUACUUGGUCGCUCGUAGUCUGAACAGAACCUAAGCAACAACAUUUAACAUGUGGACAUUCAUGGCCUCUAUUGACAAUGGUAUAAGUGCCCCGAUCUGUAAACGACCUUGGUAACGUGACCAGUCGCCUCAAGGUCGUAAUUGGCUCCAACAUCACGUAUCGAAUAAAAAAUGUAUGGGAAUUUGAACAGCGCCCCCACGCGCGACAUUCAAGCUACUGUUGAUAUAGCUUCAUUAAUUUGACACCUGUCAAAACUACAUUUUCUGAUACGUAUUGUCGUCUCUUUCGCACUAAUCGAUAUAUUUUUUUGGGGGGUUUAAAAGGCUACACUGAAGCAAUUCAUCUACAAAGCAAUAUUGCAAUUUGACAUUUGCGCAUAUAAAAGCUACUGCGCAAUUUUAACAAAUGUCAAAUAGCAAUAUUGCUUUUUUGUAUGAGUUGUUUCAAUGUGGGUGGUUUAACCCCUCUGCUGUCAAAGUAAUCAAGCUGUAAUUAACGGAGUUUAGAGGAAACCCAUACAUUUUGACUGAUUGACGGUACGCUAGUGUUUCGUGUCAGGUCUACAGAUUUGCACUGAACCUAAUAAAAAUAACUUUUUAACUAUGUACAAGUCUUUAAGAUACUAUGCCCUAGGCACAACAGAAUAAGGGACUUUCUAGACCACGCUCCCCCAAAAAAUAUAGAUAGCGCUGUAAACAUCAACGUGACAAUUAUCUAUUCUGCUUUUCAUUAUUUUAAACAGAAUAAAUUGUUUGGAAGAUGUAAUGUGCCUUGGUGUAAGAAUAAUCGUCAUAAUAGUAUAUUCAAAAGCAAAGAUAAAAAAUGCACAUGUCUCAAAUGGGUGAAUCUCAAAAUUUCAAGUUUGGUGGCGAAAUUUCAUAUUAUUUUUUCGUGAAAAAUUGGGUUCCGACAUGAAAAAGAUCCAAAAGGAUCCUCGGUUCCGACAUGAAAAAGGAAUUUUUCAAUUCCCAAUUUCCCCAAUUUUUCACGAAAAAAUUAUAUGACAGUUCGCCACCAAACUUGACACAUUUUGAUAUUCACCCAAAUACAUGAAAUUAGAGGUUAAACGAAGGCAACGUAGACGGCGCCAUUUUCAUUUUUAAUUAGGGAAUUAUAUUUUUAUUUUUGGCCUGGAAAGUCCCUCAUUGAGGCGUAUGUUGAAUAUGAAUAUUGGAAUAAGUAUUUAUGCAAUUUUGUUUUUAUUCGUACAAUUUGCAGCGAAAGUUGGGCAAGGUACGCGUUCCAUUCAGCUAGGAACAAAUUUCUUGCCCCACUUUUACUAAAAACUUUACGUUACAAUAAUUACGCUGUUAUUAUAAUGCUUUGUAUGAAGUAAAGUUUUUGUUAAUUA